UAAAUGUUACAAAGCAUCUAGAAUAGCUUUGCUUCGAGGAGGGAAAAAACAAGUCUUCCUCUAAUCUGGAGGCGUCUGUGUUCGGACCUGCUAAACGUGCUCUGCUUUGUUCUCCCCAAUUCUUCCUGUUGAUAAGCUCUAUUGGCGCAGUUGAAAGAGAAGAUUACGAGACCCAGAAAUAUUCUCCUCCAGCAUAGAUAUCCUGCCGUCUUUUUUCUAGCCCUCCGGUUAAUAAAUCCUUGGCUUUCUAUUCUAGACUCUGCAAUUUCUGCUGAAACCCACUGAAAAAACUCUGCAAUCCCUUCUGUAACCGUCGCCGUGAUAGCGGUGAUCUGAUUUGGUUACCUCGUCUACCUCUGUAACUAGAAGUUGAUAGGGCGAGGAGGGAGCACUAAGGGAUAUAUGGCCAUGGCAAGCGAGGAAGAAAGUACAGUGAAGGAACCUCUUGAUCUCAUCCGCCUCAGUCUUGAUGAACGUAUCUAUGUCAAACUCCGUUCCGACAGAGAGCUCAGGGGCAAAUUACACGCUUAUGAUCAGCACCUAAACAUGAUCCUUGGAGAUGUUGAAGAAGUCAUUACUACAGUGGAGAUUGAUGAUGAAACAUAUGAAGAGAUUGUUAGGACAUCGAAGCGGAGUGUACCAUAUCUGUUUGUUCGAGGUGAUGGAGUUAUAUUAGUCUCUCCACCUUUGAGAACAUCUUAAGAGUCUUUUGUAAUCUAAAACACAGUUAUAACGUUCUUUGGGUUAGCUAUAAAAUUUUUCUGAUCAUGUGGUGAAUUUGAACACCUUUUCUCUGACUUAUAAUUUUUCCUUAUGGAGAGAAAUAGGUUAUCUGAAACAUUGCGUUUUAGAUUUCAUCAGUGAAGAUGGAACUGCUUGCAGUAAUACUAGUCAUUAAAAACUAGCAUAUACUGAAAUUUUGCACAGGGAAUGGAAUAUGCUUAAGUAUUUUGGCUUCUUUGAUUGUGUACAUUAGAACCAUCUAUUAGUUGGGCCUUCGCUGUAAAUGGUUCUAUGCAAUGAAUAGCUUAGAGUAUCGCCCUUUACAUAUGUAAAAACUUAUAAUGCUUAUGACGAUUUGAUUUUUUUUU